GUGAGUGAAAAAUGAGGUCAGCCAAACACAUUGCACUAUGCGCAGCAGCAUUACUGGUGAUGUUGUUGGCCGGAUCUCAAGUGACUAGGGCGGUGACAUGUAUGGCAACGGAGCUGGCGCCAUGUGCACCGGCUAUCUCUUCAUCAUCUCCACCGUCGGAGCUGUGCUGCUCAAAGAUCAAAGAGCAGCAGCCAUGUUUAUGCGGGUACCUGAAGAACCCAAGCCUGAGGGGCUAUGUCACUUCUCCUAACGCCAAGAAGGUCGCUACUACUUGUGGGGUUCCCGUUCCUAAGUGUUAAAAAAUUAAACUCCUCUUGCUAGGGUUUACUACGUACUAUUUCAGUCUUCUGCUUCUCUCUCUAUGUCUAUCUAUAUCAUGUGUUUCUCUCUCUCUCUCUCUCUCCCUCCCUCCCUCUCUCUAGCAGAGUACUAGUGUUGAUGCAGUAUGUUCCAUGUACUGAUUCUAUGUU